AUGCAGAUGGAGAUGCAUCAGGGUUCAUCCUCUGGAUGCAGCGACGGCAGCAGCAAAGGAGAAGCGAAAACGGCGGCCGAGCCAGCUGAGAGCAGCAUCGUCCCGGUUAUGGUGAGGAUCAUGGCGCCGUCCGCAAUCCCGGAACAGGAGCAGCGUGUGCCCGUGGACAUUGCCGUCGUUCUCCACGUCCACGUGCGCUACAAUGCACCGGACAAGUGGUGGGAUCUGCUCAUGGAGGCCGUGAGGGUGGUCAUGGACAAGCUCGACGAAAGGGACCACCUCGCCAUCGUCCCCGGCGGAGGUGGCGGGGGAAGCAUAUCGAAAGAGGCGCUGCAAUACACGGAGAUCUUGCUGCCCAUGUCGUCCGACAACAAGGCCUCCUGCUCCGACGCAGUCAGAACGGCGAUCCAGAAAUGCGACAGCUCGCUGGUGAGAGCUCUGGAAUCAGCCAACUCGAUCCUGUAUGGGCAGGGUUACGGUUACGAGAAAGAGAGGCGUGCGGCCUACAUCAUGGUCAUCUCCAACAGCCAGGAGGACAUGUCCUCCUUGCUCACCUGGAGGUUCCGUUCGGUGCUGGCCUUUGGCUUCCGGGACGCACGCAAUGGGAGGGCCAUGCACGCCAUCACCAUAAGCAGAGAUUGCACCUACACCAUCUUGGACGACGACUGGGGCAGCGUCACGCAGGCCUUCAUCGCCACCGUCGACAGGAUCACCUCCGCGGCCGCCAACAUGCCAGUUGAGGUGGAACUCGAGUGCGUCGGCCACGAGGAGGUGGUUAUCACCGCAGUUCGUGCUCCUCACCUCAGCUACUUCGUCUCCUGCGACAAGAGGAAGAUCUGGGCCACUGCGCGCCUCCCUGGCUCUGACGCGGCCACCAGUUUCGUCGUCGACAUGAGCGGGGUCCCUCCGGAUCAAGUAGACCUGUCGGGCCUGAUCGCCGUUCGUGCCAAGUACGUCCAUGUGCCGGACGACAAGCUCGACCGGCAGGCGGUGACCGUCAACCUGGAGGGCGCGGGCGGCACCAAGGAGGUGGCGGCGGAGAUCAUACGGAUCAAGGCUAUCAAGAUCGUGGACGAAAUCAGCCAGAAAGACGAGACUGACACGGAGAAGCUCCACGCACUUGCGCAAGAGCUGUGUCAACGGUGGACCACCCUCAAGAAUUCCUAUGGCGAUAGGGGCGCCGGCCUGAUCUCCAUGCUUAGCGCCGAGAUGAGAGAGAUGGAGAUAAGGCUGUACAACAACUACUUAUGGCUGGAGUACAUGCUCUCCUGGAAGUCACACCAAUGGUGGCAGCUGCCUCUGCCACUAAUGUUCAUGGAAGAUCCUUUCCUGCGGCUAAGAAUCUAUGCAAAGGUGGACAAUGCUUCUACUGUCCCGGCGGCGGCGGAGCACCCGCGAGCAGGCCUCCCGGUUCUGCUACGCAUCGUGGCACCAGCGGCGGGGUUGGCCAAGGCGAAGCGCUAUCCGGUUGACCUAGUGGCCGUGCUGGAUGUCAGCGAUGAAGCUGGUCACCAAACCGACGACGACGAGAAGGUUGAGGAGGAGGAGGAGAAAACGAGGAGAAGGAUGGGGCAGCUCAAGGAGGCCAUGAAGCUGGUCAUGGAUAAGCUUAGCCACAAGGACCGCCUCGCCAUUGUACCGGUGCAAUCGUCCGUCGCCGGGGCCGGGCCACAUGCAGCUGCACUUGGCCUCCUGGAGAUGUCUGAACAAGGGCGGAGCGAGGCCUCCAAAAAGGUGCAGUCUCUCGUCGACCUAGUGCUCAGCAAGUUGGGCACGGCCUCUGCUAAAAACAUGGCUCCGCACACGCAGACCUCGCACUACAGGCAACAAUUCAAGAAGUCCAUCGAACAUGUAAGGAAGUGGCUCUACAUCCCCUCAGUCAACUCGAACACCACCACCUCGGCAUCCACUGACAAUCAAAGCAGAGACUCCGUAAUUGGGAUAUCGGUUGAUGUUGCUGGUUGCAACGGGGUGUGGAAGGCAUUGGUGGAGGCGCUAAAGAUAUUGGACGAUCGGGAAGAAACGAAGAAGGACGACCCGGGCUUUGUCAUCGUCAUCUCCAACAGCAACGACGAAUCGAUCCCCCAACCGCAGGAAGCUAUAAAGUCGAAAUAUAUCAUACACACCUUCAGCUUCCACAACAGCGGCACACGCACCAGCAGGGCCAUGCACUACCUCGCCAGCAGCUCUGGCGGCAUCUACGCCAGCCUCCAUGACCACCGCAACCAGGUCACCGAGGCCUUCACGGCCUGCAUCAAGAGAAUCACCUCCACCAUUGGCGUCCAGACAAAGGUUGAAAUCACGUGCAGCCACUCGAGCAUUUCAUUACCUGGCAUGGAGUCCGGUGAGUUCGGGCCUUGUAUCGGUGAAGACGGCAGGUCUGUCUCCAUAAUGGUUGGUAACCUGUAUGCCGGCACCGCAAAGAACUUCAUGUUCUACGUCGACAAUGCUCGAUUGGAUGACUACGACAAUCUGUCCAAGCUCCUGAAAGUUCAUGUCGAAUGGGAGAAUAAAUUCACCGGGGGGAGCGAGGUACACGGUCAAUUGGUCGUUGUCAGGAAUGGGAGUGAUGGAUGCAAGGAGAUGAUGGAGGAGAUGGCGCGAUCCGAGACGGGCAAAGUCCUAUGGGAGAUUGCUGAUUCCUAUAACGAUAUGGUGGCGGAGAAGUUGCACACGUGUCUCAAGCAGGCUUCCAGGAAGGCACAAGCUUCUGGCGAUGCUCUUCUCGCGGGAGAGAUGGAGAAUAUGGAGGCCAUCCUGCGCAGGAAGAUGGAGAAAGAACAUCGGAAGGCCGUUGAUCCGAGUUACGUUAAAAAACUAGUGGCAGACAGGCUGUCGAACAUGCUCUCGUGGUUGUCUUUUCAUGCCUUGUCUGAACAGCCACCUAGGAUACCAUGGCGCAGUUCUUUUCGGCUGGAGCUUCUGCAAAACUACCCACAGAACAAAUAG